AUGCCCGAGGGACAGGUUUUAAUUCACAAUCCUCAUACCCGGAGCCAGCAUUUCAGUGCCUCCAGGGUCUUCCAGAGCCCCCUGGAGUCUGAUGUUUCGCUUCUCAACAUUAACCAGGCAGUCAGCUGCCUGACCGCAGGAGCUCUGAACCCAGAACUUGGGUAUGAUGCUCUUUUAGUGGGGACGCAGACUAAUCUUCUGGCUUAUGAUGUCUACAAUAACUCAGAUUUGUUCUACAGAGAGGUUGCAGAUGGGGCCAAUGCAAUUGUGCUGGGAACACUGGGAGACAUUUCCUCUCCUCUUGCCAUUAUUGGUGGAAAUUGUGCUCUGCAGGGUUUUGAUCACGAAGGAAAUGAUCUCUUUUGGACGGUUACUGGAGAUAAUGUUCAUUCCUUGGCCUUAUGUGACUUUGACGGUGAUGGUAAGAAAGAGCUUCUUGUCGGGUCAGAGGAUUUUGAUAUCCGAGUUUUUAAAGAAGACGAGAUUGUGGCAGAAAUGACAGAAACAGAGAUAAUCACCUCUCUUUGCCCCAUGUAUGGCAGUCGAUUUGGUUAUGCCCUUUCCAAUGGCACAGUUGGAGUUUACGACAAAACAGCCCGAUACUGGAGAAUUAAAUCCAAAAAUCAUGCCAUGAGCAUUCACGCUUUCGACCUUAAUUCUGAUGGAGUGUGUGAACUGAUAACUGGUUGGUCCAAUGGGAAGGUUGAUGCUCGAAGUGACCGAACUGGGGAGGUUAUCUUUAAAGACAACUUUUCUUCUGCAAUUGCUGGUGUGCUGGAGGGAGAUUACCUGAUGGAUGGCCACACACAGCUCAUCUGCUGCGCAGUGGACGGUGAAAUCCGGGGCUACCUGCCAGGCACAGCGGAGAUGAGAGGGAACCUCAUGGACACCAGUGUAGAGCAGGACCUGAUCCGAGAGCUGAGUCAGAAAAAACAGAAUCUGUUGCUGGAACUCCGCAACUAUGAGGAAAACGCCAAGGCUGAACUGAGCAGUCCACAGAGUGAGGCUGAUGGACCUCGGGGUAUCAUCCCAGCCAAUACCAAGCUGCACACCGCCCUCUCGGUCAAUCUGGGGCAUGAGACCCAGGCUGCUCAUGCGGAAUUGUGUAUUUCCACCUCUAACGACACCAUCAUCCGAGCUGUAUUGAUUUUUGCUGAGGGAAUUUUUCUAGGUGAAAGCCAUGUGGUACACCCCAGCAUUCACAACCUUUCCAGCUCCAUCCGCAUCCCAAUUACACCUCCCAAAGAUGUCCCUGUGGAUCUGCACUUGAAAACCUUCGUGGGUUACAGAAGCAGCACCCAGUUUCAUGUGUUUGAACUGACAAGACAGCUUCCCCGCUUCUCCAUGUAUGCGCUGACCAGCCCUGACCCUGCCAGAGAGCCACUCAGCUAUGUCAACUUUGUCAUUGCAGAACGGGCACAGAGGGUUGUUAUAUGGCUCAACCAGAACUUCCUGUUACCAGAAGACACUAACAUUCAAAAUGCUCCAUUUCAAGUGUGUUUCACUUCCUUACGGAACGGUGGCCAGCUGUAUAUAAAGAUAAAGCUUAGUGGAGAGAUCACUGUAAAUACUGAUGAUAUUGAUUUGGCUGGUGAUAUCAUCCAGUCGAUGGCAUCAUUUUUUGCUGUUGAAGACCUUCAAGUAGAAGCAGAUUUCCCUGUCUACUUUGAGGAAUUACGAAAGGUGCUAGUUAAGGUGGAUGAAUAUCAUUCAGUGCAUCAGAAGCUCAGUGCUGAGAUGGCUGAUCAUUCUAACCUGAUCCGAAGUUUGCUGGUCCGAGCUGAAGAUGCUCGUCUGAUGAGGAACAUGUGA